AUGUUCAACACUGUUCUUACCAGAGUGUUUGAAGGCAACCAGGCCACAUUAUCGGUGGCAGACCCGGUGCUCAUCAAACAGAUACUGGUGAAAGACUUUCACACAUUCGCAGUGCGUCCGGCGCUGAGCAACACUAAGCAACACUUGAAAGGCCAGAGCGUUAACCUAAUGACCGGCGAUGAGUGGGUGCGCCAGCGGUCGGCGGUGUCGCCGCUGUUCACGUCCGGACGUAUGCGUCGCGCGUACCCUAUCAUCGACACCUGUUUACAGCAUCUAAUGGACACUCUGGCCGAGUCGGGGCCCACAGUCGACAUUAAUCAGGCGUAUAAGUGGUACGCUAUGGACGCGAUUGGGGCGAUCGCCUGGGGUGUAGAGACUGACGCCCGGCACCGGCCCGACGAGCCGCUCGUCCGGUGCGCCACUGAAAUCGCACACAUCUCGCCACUGAAGACAGUGUUGUUCCGACUCCUACCGCAUCCGGUGCUCUCAGCGCUCGGCCUAAACUCACUGCACAGUACAGGCAUUAAUCGACAAAUGCAUGAAAUACUCCGCCAACUUGUGGACAGUCGUCGCCGUCAAAGUCGACACGAUUUUAUCAGUCAAUUGCUGAGCGCUCGGCCGACGACCAGUCGUGUGAUCGCCGGCAGCGACGGAACCGAUGAAAGCCAAUCAUACGAAGGACACCAUAUUAAUGAAGGUUAA